UACCUUUGUUGAGUAGGGGGUGCGGUGGGUCACAAUUAAAUGGGAGUCCGAAACUGGGCUUAUUCUUAGUUGAUGCUGUUAUCGAAAACGACCAUUCCACAAAUCAGUAGAGAGCGAAAAGAAUGCGUCAGCUUUUCAAGGUGAGACUGGCAAUGUGACAGCUACUGCCUGCCCUUGGGGAGUGGGCACUAUCCAGGGAAAGGGAAAAAGCCUGGAAGCAUGAAGAAACUACAUAAAAUACAGUCUAUGGAUCAAAGGCUUCAGUUCCAGUGCUAUGCAGAUACCGCCCUCAAAUCGGGGGAUGGUAACAUCUGUCUCAAGAUCGAAUACAGUCACGAUAAACCGUAUGCACUUGUUCGGAAAACACGUGACAAUUCAACGCUGGAGCCCUUGCCAGCUCAAGAAGAAGCCUGGAAAAGACAUCUACCUUCAUCAUGUGAUGAGUAUAGGCCCGUCUCGACAGCCCACAUCCAAAACGGACAUCUAGAAGAACGGGACCAUGAACACGAAAAGUUGUGGACUGCGGAGAAAAACAACGGUGUUUCCAUGAAGCCUCCCAUUGGAUGUUGCGUGACCGCGCCGGCAGAAAACGCCAAUAGUCUGGCUUAUGUCUCACCAAACGCCAGUGGGCCGGACAUUCAGCCACUGAACGACACUGGUGUGGGUACGGCCACGGAGCACGCCACUGAUGUGGACACGGCCGUACAGAAUGGCGACGGGGCGGACAUGACAGCAUCGAAAGAAAACUCCGCAGACGCGCUAGCGCGUCACGCGCGAGCACCGGAUGUACCUACAUCGAACGGACAUCGUCCGGUUACAAUACCGCAGAAGGAAAACGUUUCGGCUGUGCCGACGUUAAACGCGAGCGGUCACUGCGUGGCCCCGUGGGGCCAGAAUGGGCAGGGUGUUGUGACGUCGGACAGUGCAGAUUUCAUGUGGGCAGGCUCAGACGAAUACGACCCAUUGUCUGCGGCUGAGAGGGGUUUAGAGUCUUUAAAAGCAUCGCAAAACAAAAUUCAGCCGUCCGAAACGGACAAAACGAGUGGUAGCUGCGCCCCAGCAUUGCAAAAACAAACAGAAUCAGAUGUGAUUACACACAGUGAGAACGACGCAUAUCAAACUGUUCCGAAUGGAAGCACACAUCUGAUGAGCACUGAUCAGAGUGGGUCACCUCAAAGCGGAAGCAUGGCCGUCAACCAAUGGCAGGCAAGCAGCGAACCUGCGACAGCCACUGCCGGUGAAAGCCGACCGUUGGCUGAGGCCGGCCAGGAGGCGCCGCGGUUGCGAGACGAGGGAUCCGGCCGCGCGACCCUGAGAAGCGGAGUCCGCCACUGGGCGGCGGACCCGCGGCGACAUCCGUCAGCGACCGGAUGUGGACGAGCGGUGUGUGGCGGCGGCGGCGGCGGCGGCGACCCAGGCCAGACCGGGGGCGGCGAACUGCGGCCGCUCACCUCCGCGGCCCCCGGCUCGCCGUCAUCAGAGCAGCUUCCCGCACCUUUUGGGCCGACAGCCUCCGAACCUACCCCGGCCCGGGCUGGGCACGCGUCGUCGCCGCCCGACUCGGAGGAUCUGCGGCUGAUUGUGGACCGGCUGAAGAUGAAGCUGGAGCAGCAGAUGAAGGCCAAGCUUGGGCUGGAGGAAGAGAACGGGGUGUCGCCUAUCGGAAAUGAUCCGACCCAGUACUACCUGGCUGAAGCGCCGCAGUCAGCCGGGCAGUUGGAGGACGAUGAGGCGGACGACCGUCGUGCACAGGUGCUCAGCGACUCUGACGACGAUUGGCGGACAGCAGGAGGAGGAGACGGCGCCGAGGCCGCCGCCGUCCACACCACCCGCCACACCACCCUGCAGAAGAUCCCGGAGCUGGACGAGCUCUCGUCCGACUGGGAGACGGACAGUUCGGACGAGCAGUCGGCGGGCGAGCUGCGCGCGCUCAUCGCGCGCCUGGAGGCGGAACGGUGCGCCGCCGAGGUGCGCGCCGGCGAGCUGGACGAGGUGGCCACGCGGCUCGACACCGAGCUCACAGUUGUCAUCAUCGAGUGCGAGGAGACGCGCCGACGCGCCGCUCCCGAGCGGCCGCCGGCCGACGCAGAGGGUCUUUUGGCGGUGCAUGUGCCGUUAGCCAGCCCCUGUCACCGUCGCUUCCUACUGACCGACCACUGCAGGGAGCUCCUCUCUGACCAAGACCCGCUCGAGCCCUCCGCCAGCGAGAUCUUCGACUUCGACGAGCUUCGGUUCCGACCGCGAGCCGACCGUGGCAGCCGUGGUUGA